AUGCUGGAAGAUAACUUCCUCAACAACUCCGCCAGAACGGUGUACUCUAAUGUGCUCAUGCCUGGAGAAACAAUCUGUGGGGCUGUUAACAUGGUUUCCGGCCCGUUUGAUGGGAGCUGUUGCAGCGAUCAGAGACGCUGCAUGGCUGCCGGCCCGUUUGAUGGCAGCUGUGCAGCGAUCAGAUACGCUGCAUUGCGUCUCCUUUUUUCACUGGCCAAGCUCCUUCCUCCUCCGUCGGUUCACAAUAGUUUCAGUGGUGGUGGUGCCAGUGUGGGUGGCAAAUCCCCUUCUUCGUCUUUCCCUCUCUCGCUCACUCCCUCCUCCUUAUCCUUGCAGUAUGCGCCUUCUCCUGCCUCUAGCCAAGCUCCACCUGAGCCCGUUCCUCCUGCGGAGGUUCAGAAUGGUUCAGUGGUGGUGGCGGUGACGUGCUUUGCAGUGGGGUGGAAGGACAGAGUCAUGCGGAUGGUGCUGCAGAGGCACCCGGCUGAAAAGGUGAGCAGAGUGGACCGUGUCCCAUAUUGCUCAACGUCAGUCGUUUCCUCUCGCUGCUCAUCCAACCUCGUGGGGGUUGGCACGCUGCUAUACCCACCUGAUUCAAAGCCUCUUCCGCCUUUCCCUCCCACAUCCUCCCCCUCUCCCAUCCACCAGCCCACCUUGCUCAAACGCGAGUCGCUUCCUCUCGCUGCUCAUACCACCUGGUGGGGGUGGGCACGGUGCUACCUCAACCUGCGAACCACCUCUCCCAUCCGCACCUCAUCCCCCCCUAUGCUUAUGCCCGAUGACACAACGCCCGCCCACCAGCCCAUCUUGCUCAAACGCGAGCCGUUUCCUCUCGCUGCUCAUCCAUCUUGUGGGAGUGGGCACGGUGCUGGACCUAUUCGGUGUCUCCCUCCUCUCCCUGGUGGCUGUGGGCGGCAUCUCAGGUGCGAGGGGGUGCGGGAGAGAGUGAGGGAGGGAGUGAGGGGGUGGGCGGCAUCUCAGGUGGGCGGCAUCUCAGGUGUCGCCAUGGGCUUUGCUUCCAAGGAGAUGGUGGCCAGUUUUUUUGGCGGGCUGGUGCUGGUGUUCUCACAGCCGUUCGUGGUGGGGGAGAUGGCUAAGGUAACAGCAACACACACGGCAUGGCCAACCCUCUUCCUUUCCUUCCAGGCACCGAGCACCGCUCUUCCCAACCCCCUUCCCCCACCUCCCCAAAUGUUAGGUGUCGCCAUGGGAUUCGCCUCCAAGAAAAUAGUGGCGAAUUUCUUUGGAGGGCUAGUGCUGGUGAUCUCACAGCCAUUCGUGGUGGGAGAGCGCAUUCAAGCAGGGGCCAUAUCGGGAAGGGUGGAGGAGGAUGGUGUCGCGAUGGGAUUCGCUUCCAAGGAAAUAGUCGCUAAUUUCUUCGGCGGGCUAGUGCUGGUGAUCUCACAGCCAUUCGUGGUGGGAGAGCGCAUUCAAGCAGGGGCCAUAUCGGGGCGCGUGGAGGAGAUUGGGUUUCUGCACACCAAGCUGGCUGGAGCAAACAAGGCGCCAGUUGUGGUGCCAAAUCAAAUCUUCAACACUGCAGUGAGUGCGCCUAUAACGACCGUCACAUUCGAGCUCAGAAUAGAGGAUAUCGAGCGAGUGCAAGCCAUCACGUCUCGCAUCACCCGCAUGCUCAGGUCGCAUGCUGACGUGGACCAAUCACAGGGCCCCGCGCAUGCAGUGCUGAAGGACCUCAAUGGGGCCAGUCUGCAUGUGGGCAUGCUGGCUUCGCUAAACCCUCAGGAAGGUAGGAAGGUGGUGGACGUCAAGCAAGAAAUUCUUGAAAGAGCAGUGAGAAUCAUUCUGGAUGAAGGAGCAUGUAUAGGCACAAACGUACAAUUUCUUGAUAGUGGUGCGAAUUCGUCAUAA